GCCGCAUACUAUCCCUUGCGAGGCGCCUCCCCCACCACCACCACUACCAACCACACGCACAUAAUCCGUGGCCUCGACACACUGACGGAUCUGCAGCUGCAGUUGUGGCCCUCACCAUCGCCUUUGCAUUCUCCAACUCAGAAUCCGCAUCUCCGUUUUCUCCAUUCGAACAUCCCCUGCGCCUUGCUUUUCUCUCUUUGCCCCCCUGCUCGCCCGCUGCAACCCGUUUGUGGCCCACCGCCGUUGCGUCAAAUACGUUCGAGAUCCCAUCAGCCUCGACCCAGCCUCCUCCUCCUCCUCCCCCUCCGCAACACCAAACCGCCGACCCCGGCUCGAGAGCAGCAGCACCUUUGCGCGCCGUCAGACACCGAUUCACAUCACCGCUCUUUGCGAUCGUCACCUCGCCUCGACGCUGAUUCCUCGCCGAGUCCUUUCGACUUCCACCUCCUCGUCAGCGGAUGGCCUAGACCAGUCUCUCCAUGGCGAACGCCCUCCUACUUCGAACAAACACAGCACCGACCUUUCCAUCCCGCAGCGCCAUCGCCGCCGAGAGGUCGUCGCAUCAGCAAACCACAAUGAGCAGCGCCCCGCGCACUAGCCAGCUCUCGGGCUCAACCGCCUUUGCUGGCUCAUCAGCGUCGCUAAACACUCUCGCCAGCAGCACAUCCACCAUCGUGCCCUCUCCCAACGGCGGCCCCAUCGUCGCCACCGCCAACAUCAUCAACCAAAAGGCCGAUGCCUCCCGCUCGCUCUACCAGAUCUGCAUCUCCCUCAAAAACCGCCUAACCCAGGUCCCCGACUUCCAGCCCCUAAUCGACGACCUCGACCCCUCCGACCCCGUAGACCCUCUCUGGAAUCUCUUUCGACGAGGCUACCCCCUCCUCCUCAUUUAUAAUGCUCUCCAGCCUGAAGUUCCACUCAAGGUCGACGACCCCAAUGCCUCUGAGGCCAAAAAGUCCAAGAUUGCCAUCUUCAAAUUUAUCCAGGCCUGCAUGAAGGAUCUUAAGCUCUCACCUGCCGAGACAUUUGUUAUCACAGACUUGAUGGGCGAUGACACCACCGGCUUCGUCAAGGUUACUCAAGUGGUUAACUACGUGCUUGAUCUCGCCGAACAGGGUGGCCACUUACUUCAGGUUCAGCCGGCUGACGAAGCCGCCAUUCCCGUUCCUGGCACGCAAAUGAGCUAUCGCGACCACAUUAUCAAAGAGCUUGUUGAUACGGAACGCAAAUACGUACAGGAUCUAGAAAACUUGCACGACUUAAAGAAGGCCCUGGAGCAAAAGGGCACCAUUCCAGGCGACACCAUUCACUCUAUUUUCCUCAACAUUAACGCCAUUCUUGACUUCCAGCGCCGCUUCCUCAUCCGCGUUGAACAUACGAAUUCCAUGCCAAAGGACCUGCAACGAUGGGGUGCCUCAUUUUGCCUCCAUGAAGCCUCUUUCAACAUCUACCAGCCAUUCAUCUCCAACCAGCGAAAGGCCGCCCAGAUUGCCAACCAGAUCUUUGACAAGAUCCAGAUGGUGCAGCAUCCUGUGGCCAUGGACUUCAAUACUCUGGAUGGUUUCCUGCUUAAGCCUAUGCAACGUCUAGUAAAGUAUCCACUCCUUCUCAAGGAUCUUAACAAAAAGACGGAAGACGAGGAAAUCAAGGAAGAUUUGGCUGCUGGUUGUGAGGCUGCAGAACGCGUUCUCCACAAGGCUAACGAGGCUGUCAACCGGGACCUGCUCGACGAAGCAGUAGAGGACUUGAUAACUCGUGUCGACGACUGGAAGUCUCAUAAAGUGGAACAAUUUGGCAGGCUCAUACUCCACGGAGUGUAUGGCGUGCUGACUGGCAAGGCAGAUCAAGAGAAGGAUUAUGAGAUCUAUCUCUUUGACUGCAUUCUCCUUUGCUGCAAAGAAAAGAAGGACCGAUCGACACGAUCCGUUGGCCCCAAGGUCAAGAACAAAGCCGCCAAGCUCCAGCUCAAGGGCCGCAUUUUCAUGACCAAUGUCACCGAUAUUGUCUCUCUAUCUAAGCCUGGUUCCCAUAGUGUUCAGAUUUGGUGGAAAGGCGAUCCGGGAGUUGAAAACUUUACCAUCAAGUUUCUCAACGAAGAGACCAUGAAGAAGUGGGCUGCGUGCCUGGAAAAUCAACGCAAGGACAAUGCCCCUCGCGCCUCAGUCAGCUCCGACACGAUGCAGUCCGACUUUAUCUGGAACCAGAACAAUGCCGGCGGUCUUGAAAAUCCAUACCUCCAGGCCGAUGAUGACGACGAUGACUUUUCUGGCUCGUCCUUCCCCAUCCCCCCCGCCUCCAUGCCGCGAACGUCUUCAUCCUCCAGCAUGCGACAGCGAUCUGCUACAAUGGAGAGCCAGCACUCACUGAGCGGCGUUGCGCGAGCACCCCCGCCUCGCUUCCCUCUCCCAGCACCGCCAGGAUCGCUAAAUGUACAAACAGGUCAGGGUGGAGGAGCAUCGUCGCCUGGACUCCGAGGAGGCGACUCUUACUUUUCGCCUAUUGCGGACUCUCCAGCAUCUUCGCGAACGAGCACCACAAGCGGCAUCUUCCCUGGACCGGCAUACCAGUUCCCGCCCAAGACUUCUCACCCACAACAGCCCGGAUGGGACGAGAACAGCAGAUACACGGCACCGGCUAUGCCUCGAGCACCGUCACGAGACGGCACACCUCCCAACUCGAUGAAUGGCCGACACCCCCGCGGGCCUUCGCUGCCAGCAAUGGCAUCGUCAAGCCAGAGCGCCGCACAACAGCAGCGCAGCCGAUCUUAUAGUACCACAGACGCCGGCAUCUCUGGAGUGCAGAGGCAACGGCACCCGAGCCAGAGCAACGUGCCUACUGUGCCCAGCAUCCCAUCGCACCUGGCACACGACCCGACGCUUGCGCGCUCACAGUCAGGAUCGCCGAGAAACGACCUCCCGAUUCGCGCCAAUACAAACAGCCCUGGCCGCGGUCAUGGACACUCUGGCAGCGUGGGCGGAUCCAUGGGCCAGUUCCCCGUGCAGCCGCUUCAUGCUCGACAGACUACACCCGGCUCGGUAGGCAACAUUCGCACCGUCUCACCAAGCUCACCGGCACUACCAAGUGGCCCGAUGCCCGGCGGCGCAGAUAUGCCCAUGCCUACGCAGCUCAAGGUCCGGGUCAACUGCGACGCAGGCAACUACGUGACGCUGGUUGUUGGCUUCAACAUUACCUACCAGUCACUGAUUGACCGUAUCGACGCCAAGCUGAACCGAUUCAUGAACACGAGCAUCGGCAAGGGCGAGUUGAAGCUGCGGUACCAGGAUGAGGAUGGCGACUUUGUGACGAUUGAGAGCGAUGAUGAUAUCCAAAUUGCGUUUAUGGAGUGGCGCGAAGGCAUGCGCAACAUGUAUGCCGGCGGCGUUGGCGAGAUUGAGCUCUUUUGCUCUGGCGGCGAAAUCGUCGCUUAAUCUCGACAUUGUCCUCCUUGGAUCCAACUCUACAACCACAUCAUCCUCACCAUCUUCACCUACCUCCAGUUUCUUCUCCUGUUUUUUUGGGCAAUCCACCAUACAUUCCUAUAUAGCUUGGUUCUCUUUUUUUAUGUUUCUCUCUUCUUUUUUUCUUGGGCACGACUCAUAUAUAUCCCCUACCCAUACUUUCAUUUCACGUUUCGUUUUGUUUUUCUUGGGUUGCAGCAUUGCACACAGGCUGGAAGGGACAUUAUUAUAUCAACGGCGCUCUAGGUAGACUUUAUGCAUACGGUUGACACUUUUUUUUCUUCAUGUUAUUGCCGGAACGAAGGGGGACUAGGAAUAGACGGCAGCCUUUAGUCGAAGGUUCCAAUUGCAUAGCAAUAUAUACCCUUGUUUCUGACGCAUUUACGCUCUUCCCUCUGUGACUUUUACAUCGUGAAAUUUGUAUGAGAAUGGUUUUGCAUUAUAUAAUGUACAGAGGUUUUUUGCCUUGUCACGGCAAUGCUUUUUAUGUAGUUGUACAGGCUGUUCCCAGCAGGGCAAGUAAAAAUGGUAUAUGAUUCGUCGUUCAUCCCCCUCUCCUUUUCAUCCGGUUUAUCGCAUCUUCGGUUGACUCGUGACGUAUUUCUGCAUACGGCCCAAGUGGUGGUUAAUGUUAUUCGGCUUCGUUGCGCCCACGGCAGGGCCGUCCAUGCACCGGCGCAAUUGGUUCUCGACGGCGACGCAGCCAGCGGCAUUGAAGCCCGCA